GGAACCGCUUCCGUGAAUUGGCUAUAGUGCCAUAUAAGGCGGCAGUCUGUACGCGCCCGCAUGCGCGCCGCGCGCAUCGUACGCGCAGCGGAAGCGCUAAAUUCAGCGCAAGAAACUAAAUACCCAAAACCGUGCGCGCCUGCCAAAUACGGCACGAAUCUCGAGUUACCCCCGCCGCGCUGGCAAGCGGCCGCAUCCACGAAAAACACGUAAAAACGCAUUUAUUUUCGUAGCGAGCCGUCUCUAAUUUUAGGCCGUAUGUUCGCAUGAAAACUGAAAGUAAUACGAGUGAUUUUGGUUCGGGCCGAGAUGUCUGUAUUUAGAUUAGAGUGCCGACCUCCGGCUGUUGAUAACGACGCGCUUUUGCAUAACCUCGCCGCGCGCAGUCGGAGCGCGGGCGCCGCGAGUGCGAUGCUGUGUGAUAGUGCAUUCUAACUGGAUUUGGAUGUCACAAAUGCUGCCCGAAGGCGGAGAAGUGAUGCGCCGCGUGGCGUGCGCUGACGUGUGUCCCGCGCCGCUCGCGCCGCCUGCGCCGCUUCAUCCCGCCAACAGGACAUCAGAAAAUAAGGAGUUACUCCGGCAGCAGCUACUGUCAGCGAGUAAAGCGCGCGCGGACAAGGCUGAGCAGCCCAAGCCCAAGCACCGCAGCCGCCAGAAGAACCGAUGGAAGCUCAAGUUCCACCACCAGGCCCUGCCGCAAGAGUACCUUGACCACUACGAGCAGAGCCUUCAAAAAGGCAAUAAAACCAAGAAACCGGAGAAACCUAAAGCGGAACCUGUUGAUCUCAAUAACAUCACAAACGAGACCUUCAAAAUAUGGGCGCAAAGGUUAGCGGGCAUUCAGAAUGAGACAGGGACUUUAACUGUACCAAACAUGGCUAAAGCACCUAAAAAGGACGAGAAGAAGAAAAAUCCGGCCAUCGCUCCUAGUAAGAUUGUCACUUACGAAGAUCUGCCGUACAUGGGGGAAAUGACGUUAAAUAAUUCCAAGCCUAGAAGAGGCCGCAAACCCAAGAAGGCAGACAUUUGCCAUCUCAUUUAUGAAAACUACGGGACUGUUGUACCCGGACAACCUCCGCCUCAGGUGGAGAGAAAUCAGCUUAGCUUGUGUCCGCCGCUACGAAGUGACGGAUUAAGUACAUCCAAAACCGACUUACAGAAUAAAAUAAUCUCAAACUUGUUGGAAAGGAAGCUGUCACAGGAAAAUAGGAAGAGAUUAGAAACUCUGACGCCGCCACAUUUCACCAGCCCGGACGAACCGAUGCCCGAAGCUCCCGUCACUAUCGCCGGUCCCUUACACAGCGACCAGGAGCCUCUCAAUCUAUGCAUAAGAGAUCUGCACGAGCUUAAGAUUCAAAUUCAAAAGAAAUUCGGCAAUAUUUAUAUGUCCCUACCUGAAGUAAAGACUGAACCGGAAACUGAAAUAAUUGAGGAUAAAGAACAGCCCAACGCCAUAUCUGUAAUUCAAAGGAAUACAAAUCUUCCUGCUACAGCUAGCAGUUCACCCGACCUGUCACGGCUAAACCGGAACGUAUCCCCGACGCUAUCGGAACCUGCUCAAUCAACGGCGAGUCCCGAUGGGGACGGAAAGUUCCCCGGCUACGUGUACUGGCCUAACGCGGGCAUAUACAUGCAUCCUUUAGCCUUACAGACGCAACUCCUCUACUAUCAGAGGCUAGCUGCGUCGGGCCAGCUACCGUUCUCACCUGAAGAACAAGAGAGGUUAUCUACUCCGAGUAGUGUGAACGAAAGCAUAUCUACGGAACCUUCGCCACCGGUAGAAGAUAACAAGAAUAAAUUAGUUCUAAAACAAAUUUCAGAGUUACUAGACCCUAACGUAAUAAAGAAAACAGAGGAAUCUAAAAACCCUGAUUUGGUUAAGAUGAAGAGGUCAUCCCCAAAUCCCGUACCAGUGCAGGCGCCGGUCAAGCGGAAAAGGUCGGCGAUAUUCAUUCCUCCAGUGCCAACCAAGACUAAUUCCACGACGCCAACUACAGAAGUCAGCAUCUGCAAAUUUAAAUUUACUGGGGGAUCAAAACCCUCCUUACAAGAAAAGAAGAUGCUUUCCGUAGAUUCUGGAGGGAAUUUCAGAUACUACAGUGGAACAGGCAACAAAGGGAAUAAGGGAUAUGAUUAUUUACAUAGAGACUCCAAUCAGGGUCGAGCUCAGUUAGCCGAAGCCUCCGUUUCAAGUCAGCCUAAAAUUGAGGCUCCGGCAACUGCGCCCAGUAAAGAAGACUUGAGUAAGAGGAAGAGAAAAUCCCGGAAAAGUCUACAGAGGGAGAAGCUGGAGCAAACCUUUAAGGAAAAAGGUUUUUUGAUUCAAACCCAGCAACUGCAGUCAGCGGAAGGUGCCACUUAUUGCAAGUUCAGACAACUCCGGAAAUUUACGAGAUAUCUGUUUAGGAGUUGGAAAGAUUAUUUGCCAGGCGAGUUGGAUGAGAGGACAGGUGAAGCUGUGAACCCGCAGCCGUCCCUUUCAGAAGGCCCUGCCAGUGAGUGGGGGUAAAUACCUAGUAUAUUAGAUUGCUUUUCCAGACUAUGAAGGUUCCUCGUUAAGUGUCCGCGUUUUGUGCUGUGCCUGUCUUGAUAAUUGUUGAGAACAGUAUAUUGACUUGCGUGUUAAAAACUGUAAAUUAAAACAAGUGCCGUGCCUGUCACAACAUGAGUAUAAG